UUCACCCAACUCAUUCACCACCCCAACCCCGAGCUCGGGCUCUUCUCCCAAGCCUUCUUAUGGAACAACACAUUCUGGAGACCAGGAGCACCCAUCGUGCUAUUCCUCGCAGGAGAGACUUCCAUCGAUCAUUAUGGCAUAUUUUCCCGCCCCGAAUUUUCCACCGUGGGCGUCAUUGCCCAACACCUCGGUGCGGCAACGAUUGUUCUCGAGCAUCGCUAUUUCGGCUCCAGCCUUCCCUUUCGAAACUUUACAAAGGCACAUUUGCAGUAUUUGACGGUGGAUAAUGCGCUCAAGGAUGUGGUGCGGUUUGCGGAAAAUUUUGUUGCGCCGUGGACGGAUCGUCCUACUACUGCACAGGAUGUGCCGUGGAUUUUGAUCGGCGGCAGCUACUCAGCAGCACAGACAGGCUGGAUCGCAAACAUCAUGCCCGGCACUUUCUGGGCAUAUCUCUCAUCCUCACCAAUUCUGCAAGCAAUCCCCUCAUACUGGGCCUACUUUUUACCUCUAAUAGAGCAUGGUGAUCAGAACUGUCUAAAAUUAUUAAGCAACAUCACCCAAUUCAUCGACGAUAUAAUCGAAUCCGGGGACGAAGAGAGUCUCCAGACCAUCAAGAAACUCUUCGGACUGGCCGAGAUGAAGACGUCCGAUUUUCUAUACAAUCUCAGCUUUCACUGGAGUGACUGGGGUAAAACAUACCAAAAAUUAUUCCCCGUAUACAAUUCAAAACAUAAUUUCAACAAUCAAUCCCUCGCACCCCGAGCAGACUGGUCUCUCCAAUCCGAGCAAACCCUUCGAGCUCUCCAGACAUAUGCCGCAAAUUUUCGAAAACAUUUAGCUCCCUGGUUAUGUAUCGACGGAACUUGCUUAGACGACACAUAUGCGCAACUGCGCGAGCCACUUGGAGUCGGAGAGAUGUACGAAUGGCUGCUCUGUAAUGAUAUGAUGGGUGGAUUUGUAACUGGCACGCCGCCCUCGGCUCCCUUUUCUAUCGUCAGUCGUUUUCUGACCUAUGACUACUUCUCUACGAGAUGCGCCAUUGUAAAUUCUACCACCUCAGAAUCAUCAUCACCAUCACCCUCAUCCGGCCACCACACCGCCUCCUCCUUCAACAACUACACAGGCGGCUGGACCCCCACGCGUGCACGCCGCAUCAUCUACACAGCAGGCGAAAUGGACGUGUGGCGAGAAAUUUCGGUAUCGGCAAAACUUCGCCCUGGAGGGCCGCUGCAGAGUGAUUUCGAAAGGGAUGUUGUGGUACAUUUGGUUCAGAAGGGUUGGCAUCAUAGUGAAUUGUAUACGAGGAAUACGGAGUUGGAUGAGGAUGUGAGGUGGGUGAGGGAUCGGGAGGUGGAGAAGAUUUGUGCGUGGGUGAGGCAGUGG